GUAGCGUGUGUCCUCCACACUUUCUCCACACACCCUCAUCUAUUCUUCAUCUUCUUUUUCUUCACCAUAUCCUCUAUUUGAUUAUUUUUCCUCAAUUGUUUCAGUCUUUCUCACCAUGUCAUCAAAUCAGACACCCAAAUUCGUCCUCCCAAACAACGACCCUGAGCAACAAGCAUCAACAACCCUAGAGAUUGAACCUGAGGACACCUUCGACUACUCCAAAAGAUCUCAGUGGCUUCGUGCAGCUGUUUUGGGAGCCAAUGAUGGGUUGGUCUCAACAGCAUCAUUGAUGAUGGGUGUUGGAGCUGUGAAGCAGGACAUCAAGGUGAUGAUCCUCUCAGGGUUUGCAGGGUUGGUGGCUGGUGCAUGCAGCAUGGCCAUAGGGGAGUUUGUGUCUGUGUACUCUCAGUUGGACAUAGAGGUUGCUCAAAUGAAGAGAGAGAAGGAGAGAGGGCAAGGUAGAGAGAGAGAAAAGAGUAGUGAAGAGAGAGAGAGUUUGCCAAACCCUUUGCAAGCUGCAGCAGCAUCAGCUUUGGCCUUUUCUGUUGGUGCAAUGGUGCCAUUGCUUGCAGCAUCCUUCAUAAGGGACUAUAGGGUGAGGCUUGGAGUGGUUGUGUCUGCUGUAACUCUAGCUUUGGUGGUUUUUGGUUGGUUAGGGGCUGUGUUGGGAAAGGCUCCUGUGUUGAGGUCUGCUGUUAGGGUCUUGGUUGGAGGUUGGCUGGCCAUGGCCGUCACUUUUGGCCUAACCAAGUUGAUUGGCUCAAGCGGACUUUAGUAUAUAAAGUUAUUCUUAGUCAUCCCUACAUAUAUAUAUAUAUAUGUAAUUAGUUAAAGUUUGUUUUGCUUUUGCAUGUAUGUUAAGGUCAUGUGUUGAUUAUGUACUAUAUAUUUAUAUGGACUCUCUUUUUCAUUUUGUAACUUACUACAGAUGCUCUUUCUGCCUUCUCUUGUUGAAGGGCCUCAUUGUUUUUUGAUUAAAAAUGAUGAGAUGAGAGACAUGGGUUGAAGAAAGUAGUUUUGGUGAUUAGCACAAAAAGAGGGUAAAGUGUUUCAAAGCCUUUUGUAAGUUGUACACAUGCAGGUUUAUGUAUGCUGAUUGAUAAACUUGGAGUUUUUCAUUUGA